AGUAUGCACCAUUCUAUGUGAUGGCGGGAAUGAUAACUGUAGCAGUUGCGAUGGCCUUCCACACCAUGAAGCAGCAGCUGGUGCAUAGCCCGGGAGUUAGCAUAAUCAAGAAAAGGAGAGAAUCCAUUGCUGAGGUAGACGACCCUGAUACAGUAGUUGCUGAUGCUAGUAAAUUUCUCAAAAAAUCAUUCCUCAGGAAGGUUGCUCACAUCCAGGAACAUAAUCCCACCCUGCCUGAUCCAACCCGCGCUAAUGCCAUCACCAAGCCUCAUGAUGCAGAGACACUAAAAACAGUCGGAGUCCUUCCUCGCCACCACUGAUUAAACAAUCACAGGCCUCAACCAUCGCUGCUGAUUCUUAUCCAUCAAAUGCCUCCUAAUGUUCUCUUGCCCCUUCUGUUUAUUAGUCCAAUUACUAUGGUGUCGUAAUGUAAAUAGAAUUUCGUGCUAUAUUGUGGGCCAUUCUUCUUUUUUUUCCUUUUCUUUUCAAAAUGUAAUGCGAGCCCUUCCUUACUCAGGUCAGGACAGAGGCUCCCAUCUUUAAAUAUGUCUGUUGAUUAGUUCUGCU